AUGCUCUUCACUUAUAUUCUCGCAUUAGGGAUAUCGUGCAUUGUUGCCCUGGUUGUCGCUUCGGGUCUGCUUCGCAGACGUGUCUACCCUUUACCUCUGCCGCCUGGCCCUCGUCCCUUACCAAUUUUGGGUAACGCGUUGCAACUGGAUACUAAACGACCUUGGCUCACAUAUACUGCGUGGGGAAAGACAUAUGGUUGGGAAAAUCUUCACUCCCGCGUACUUGGGAUCGACUUUAUCAUCAUAAACUCCGAAACCAUCGCACGGGAGUUGCUGGACAAGCGUUCUGCGAAUUAUUCUUCUCGCCCCGUUAUUCCCACCACAAAUUAUCUGGACUGGAUUUUGGUACUUUGUUCCUUCCAUAUGGCGAGACUUUACGGCGACAUCGCAAGAUCUACCAUCAAGUCCUCAGGGCCGAAGUCUCGGUCUCGUACCACUAGUGACCCAUGGCAACAGACUGAAGCAUACACGGCAUCCCUAAUCAUGACCGUGACAUACGGAUACCUUGCUCAUGGACAUGAAGACCUAUUUAACCCGCGCACGCGAACUCCUUCAUAUUGGCGAACAAAUUGGUUCUCCAGAGGGGGCUGCCAUGUUCACAGCCUUUCCUUUCCGUUGCAGUCGAAAAGUUGCCGUUUUGGUGCUUUGGUGGAGGAUUUGCCUGAUGGGACGCAGUACAGAAUUAGUUCAACAGCUUUGAACGAGCCCUUUGACGAAGUAAAGGCACAGAUAGCAGAUGGUACUGCUUCACACUCAUUAGUCGCUGACUUUCUCAGUCAAGCUCAUGACGACGCUGACGAAGAAACGAUGAAGGCUGUUGCGUUGAUGGCAUACAUUGCUGGCAUUGACACCACUACAGCCACAUUGCGGAUAUUCCUGCUAGCUAUGGUGCUCUAUCCUGACGUCCAGGCCCGUGCUCGUGCAGAAAUUGAUCAAGUUGUAGGGCAUGAUAAAAUGCCGUGCCUUGAUGAUAGGGCGUCACUACCCUACCUUGACGCCGUUCUCCUCGAGGCCCUGAGAUGGUAUCCUAUCGGACCCCUAGGAGUUCCACAUGCGACAUUAAAUGAUGAUGUUUACGACGGGUACUUUAUACCCAAAGGUGCGAUGGUAAUGGUUAAUCAGUGGGCACUAUCUCGGGAUGAAGACAUAUAUCCCGAUGCAUCACGCUUCGAUCCUAGUCGCCAUCUAACAAUUGACGGAAAGCUGAAGGACCAUUUCGUCAGUCAUCUUGCCUUUGGUCAUGGCAGGCGUAUCUGUCCCGGUCGUUGGUUUGCAGAGAACAGUCUAUGGACUGCAGUUUCUGCCAUACUCGCUGUCUUGCACAUCGAUCAUGCCAAAGACUCGAACGGAGACAAGAUUGAGGUAAAGCCGCAGUUCGGCACCGGCUUGGUGGUUCACCCUGAACCAUUUCACUGCUCGUUUGUUGGCGUGAACACAGCGAGAGAAGGACAUCUUCGAGAGAUGAUGAAAUCGAAGUAG